UAUAUGACACUGUCACGCAGGAAAACUUAUCCGAAUAAUCAAAGGGUGGAAGUUUUGGGCGUUUUUUUACUAUAUUUUAGUUAAAUGCACCCAGUUUUUGUACAUUUCUGCACCGUAAUUCCUUCUUUCGUCGCCCAGUCUAUAACAAAGUGAGGUGAGCAGUUUUUCCGCUUUGUUUUGAGCCAAACUACCUAAGGGCCCAGCUUCGCGAUGGCUUGGCGAUUUAAGGCUUCAAAGUAUAAAAAUGCAGCCCCCAUUGUGCCGAAGCCUGAUACGUACGUUCGCGACAUCAGCGUUGGAUCGUAUCAGACGUACGGUAACAACAUUGCUGCUUCAGCUCGUUUUAUGGCCUUUAACUGGGAUCAUGCUGGAUCCAGCUUGGCGGUUUUGCCCAUCGAUGAUAGUGGCAGGAAGAGCAAACUAAUGCCCUUGUUGCAUGCACACACUGACACUGUGACUGAUUUGGAGUUUUCUCCGUUCCACGACGGUCUGCUAGCGACAGGCUCGCAGGACUGUUUAGUGAAGAUUUGGAACAUUCCGCCCGAGGGAUUGACUGAACCGCUGACCAACCCAGAGUGCAUUUUCUCGCAUAAGCAGCGCCGUGUCGAGACUGUUGGGUUUCACCCCACGGCCGACUUUCUCCUGCACUCCACCUCAUUCACCACCCUCACUUUGUGGGACCUCAUCAGCGAGAAGGAGGGUUUUUCUAAUAGUGAGCACGAUGAGGUCAUCCAGUCGGUCAGCUGGAAGCGCGACGGCACUCUUCUGGCCACUUCUUGCAAGGACAAACAGGUGAGGAUAAUUGACCCCAGAGCGCAAUCGGUGUGCUUGAAUCAGGCCAGCAGCCAUCAGAGCAUUAAGGACUCGAGGGUUGUUUGGCUCGGGGAUCAAGAGAGGAUUUUGACCACAGGAUUUGACGCCCAACGACUGAGGCAGAUUAUUAUUAGGGACUUGCGCAACUUCAAGGAGCCCGAAAAGACCAUGGAAUUGGACUGCUCGACGGGCAUUCUCAUCCCCCUGUACGACCCUGACACUGGCAUGCUGUUCCUGGCAGGGAAAGGGGACACCACCAUUGGAUACAUGGAAGUGACCGACAAGGAGCCCUACUUGAUCGAAGGCAUUAGACACUCAGGGGAACAAACAAAGGGCGCCUGCCUGGUGCCAAAGCGAGCCUUAAACGUGAUGCAAGGCGAAGUGAAUCGAGUUCUGCAACUUACGAGCAGCUCGGUAGUGCCCAUUACUUAUCAGGUGCCUAGGAAGACUUACCGUGACUUCCAUGCGGACUUGUUCCCGGACACGUGCGGAUGGCAGACCGAAUUGACUGCCGAUCAGUGGUUGGAAGGGAUCAACAGAGCUCUGCAGAGAAUCAGCUUAGAUCCCGGCAAAAGGCCCAAAGGCGAAGAACCGAUAAUUGUGUAUGGCGGUCCUCUCGCGGAGCUCCGCGAGGAGUUUGAGAAGAUCAAAGCCAAUCGCGCGGCGCCUACUGUAAAGCUCCAGCUAUUGGAGCCAAUCACGAGCACCGCUAGAGAAGCGCCAAAUAACAGUCCAGGAGACCAAGACUCCAGGUCUAGUCCAGAGGAAGCGGUCAGCGAAAGGGACAAGGUUUCACCUCAAGGCGUGGUUCCCCCGAAACCUUUGCCGAGAACAUCGCGCGCCAGCUCGGUAUGCGAGUCCAGCGAUAGUGCGAGUGCGCCCAAGCCAGUGGCUCGGCCUAGGACGAAUAGUUGCGCCCCUGUGGUUACUUCUGUCAACCCCAACGGUCCCUUGGGCGGAUAUAAGCCGAGGCUGGGCCCCAAACCGUUCACACCUCCAAAGCUCAACGAUACCGAAAACACCUUCAGCAAGGUGUUCGCUGUGCCUCAAGCGCCUGGCGUUGCGUCCUCCAACGGACAUAGCAGCGAGCUUGUGGAUACCACGUCGGACAAGGAGAAAAGCCCAACCAGUGACAUGGAAACCACUCAGCUGAAGCAGGACAACGAGAAUGGAAAAUCGGGCUCGAGUGGAGAGGAAGAGACGUCCUGCGACUCAGGAUAUAUCCCGAAAACGCCAAGCACUGCGGAGCGGCGAAAACUCUUUGAGACUCGCUCCAGCUCCAAGGAGAACGAGCUUGACGACAACAUCGACGCCGUUGAUCAGCCGGGCAGUUUCGAAAGAAACUCGGCGCAAAGGAACAGUAUUGCUGAGAGAAGGAAGCUGUAUGAAAGAUCGCAGUCUCAACAGGACCCGCCGCCUGUUAUAAUUGAAAAAAGCGUCUCGUCUCCUGUGAUGCUUCGUAGGAAGGACUCCUUCAAAGGUCACCAGAAGAGCGACGAUGUGCUGAAGGACGACAACAAUAGGAGAAGCGUCCCGGUGUCCAAACAGCAGUCUCUAGACGGACAAGGUUUGAAGAGGGCCGAAGCUGUAGCGGCGCCGAAGAGAACGUCCACUGUUUUUGGACGGGUGUCGAAGUUCAGGCAUUUGAAGGGUACUACUGCGCACAAGAGUUGUCACAUAGAGAAUAUCCGCAACUUGAGCAGGCAGAUACCGGGCGAAUGUGACGGAUUUCAUGCCAAUCCGAAGCGAGUGGCGGUGCCUCUUAGCGGCCCUGGCGGUAAAAUCGCUAUCUUUGAGCUGAGCAAAACCGGUAAGCUGCCAGAUGGUGUAAUUCCCACUUUGGUGCAUGGCAGCAACAUUAUGGACUUCCAAUGGGAUCCUUUUGAUAGUGAUCGUUUGGCGGUGGCUUGCGAUGACGGAGUCGUGAAACUCUGGAGAAUUCCAGAUAAUGGGCUGCUGGAGCCCACAAAUGAACCCGAGCGGGAGUUUAACGCACACAGUGACAAGAUUUACUUCCUCCGGUUCCAUCCGACCGCCAAAGACGUUCUGGCGUCGGGCUCCUAUGAUAUGACGAUAAAACUGUGGGAUUUGACCACAAUGUCCGAGCAAAUCACUCUAAAGGGGCACACCGAUCAGAUUUUCAGCUUUUCAUGGGCCCCGUGUGGAACGCAGUGUGCCACUGUGUGCAAGGAUGGCAAGCUGCGGGUUUUUCAGCCCAGAAAAAGCGAUGGCCCCAUCAGGGAGGGCAAAGGACCAGAAGGAAACCGCGGAGCUCGCAUUGUUUGGGCGCUGGAUGGUCGCUAUAUAGUCACGAUGGGAUUCGACAAGGUCUCAGAAAGGCAAAUCACGAUCUACAAGGCCAGCGAUUUGAGCAAGCCUUUGAACACGGUUGGAUUGGACGUUUCGCCUGCUAUUCUGAUACCCUUCUACGAUGAAGACAGUUCAACGCUGUUUUGCACCGGCAAGGGUGAUUUAACCAUCUAUGCAUUUGAAAUUACGGAAGAACACCCCUUUAUCUGUCCACUCAGUCAUCAUCGGUGCAACUCGCUGCAUCAGGGCCUCUCGUUCCUGCCGAAGAACGUUUGCGAUGUGCAAAAUGUGGAGUUCGCCAAAGCCUAUCGGUUGACAAACAAUUCAAUCGAGCCUUUGAGCUUCACAGUGCCCCGAAUUAAAACCGAAUUGUUCCAGGAUGAUCUGUUUCCUCCCACACGAGUGACAUGGACUCCCAUGUACUCUAGUGAGGAAUGGUUUUCUGGCAAGGACAAGCCAGUUGGUAGAAUUAGCUUGAAACCCGAUGGAAUGGAGACUUUGUCGGAAAAUCAACCCAAUCAGGAGAAUCGCGUGAUCAAUAAGUCAGCCUCUAGUCCCUUUAUCGGCACCUCGAAGCCCUUCAAUAAGAUGACCUGGAACCCUGAAUUGUCUGCGCAAACUAAAAGCAAACAAGAAGAGAUUAAACAAUCAGUGAGUAACAGGCUGGAAGUGAAUCUGAAGUUGGAGCAAGAUGAUAUGGAGGGCGUAGACGAAAAGGAGUGGAAUGAAUAAACCGCUUGUUUCUGUCCUAUUUUAA